AAAUUAAUAGAAAAUUAUGAGAAAAUGGCGUUUAAUUUAAUGAAAUAUCUUUUGUUUCUUUUGUCUUUUGAAUCAAUUGUUAGUCAAAAACAAGACAAUCCGUGUUCUCUUGCAGCUGAUCCGGUGGCAUGUGCUCAGUCGCAGUUGAUCCGCGGACAGACGAAUAUCGGAAUUCCGUCGGCGUGUUUCCAGAGAGUGGACGCGGGUCCGUGUAGUCAAGACUUGGUUCGCAUUUAUUUCGAUUCCAAGACAUUUACGUGUAAAUCGUUUUCGUAUUCCGGAUGCGGAGGAAACGCCAAUCGCUUCGUUUCGGUCAAGAAUUGCUACAAAUUGUGUCAUCCUUAUUAUAGACAGCGAUUCGUGAAGUUGGGAUCAGAUUCGGGACAACCGCCGAGUCCUUUACCGAAAUUCGAAGAAAAAGUUAUCGAAGAAUGUUCUGAAAGAACGACAACUGAUCUCUUGAGUGAAGAUUCGGGAGGACAACAAAGAUCCACCACUGAAGACGUCGUGUCAGACGAUUCCGGAGCCAAAGACAGAGACACCGAAUGUCCGCAACCGACGGAAGUCACGGAAGUGUCGGAAGUGAUAACGUUUUGCGAAGAAUCGACAGAAUUGGAAGUCAUUUCUGAAUCUAUUGGACCAAUUGAUUGCGAUUCCACCGAAGGAUCGAGUAGUGGUGGAACCAGUAGUCAGACGGGAGCGGCGAGUACUGAGACGGGAGGCAGUAGUGAGACGGGAGGGGCGAACAGUGAAAGCGCGACAGAGAGCGGGACAGAGAGCGGGACAGGAGCAGACGGGACGACCGGGAGUGAGAGCGGGACAGAAACGGGAAUAACCACUGAAUCGGCGGGAAGCGAAGCGACGACUGGAUCGGCGGCGGAUUCAACGGCAGAGACGACGGCAGAGACGACAGUCGAGGGUGGGGUGGAGACGACGAGUUCGGGAGAACAACAGACCACAGAAGGAGAAACAACGACUGCGGCGGCGGCGGAGACGACGGCAGAGACGACAGCAGGAGAAGAGACGACGACUACAACAGCGACAGAAGAAACAACGGAGAAAAUGGCUGAAAACGCAGAAACAACGGCGGAAGGGGGGACAGAGACGACGACCGACAAGACGACGGAGAAGACGACGGAAGAGACGACGACUUCGAGUGAAAAGGAAUCGGAAACCAAAGAAACGACAGAAAAUGGCGUCGAAUCCACGCAACAAACCAUCCAACAGUCCACGGAAGCGACGGAACUGACUUCGGAAGCAAUUUCAACCGAAAAGACGUCUUCCGAAGAGUCUUCGACUGAAUUGUCGUCUGAAAUGAGUUCUGAAACCGAAGUUUCCGGAAGUUCUGAAUCACAAUAAAUAAAAUGUUUUAUUCGA